AUGAAAUUGUUAGACCAAUUAUAUUUUGAUAAUAGUGGAGAUUUUUCAACCGAUAACAUUCAAACUGUUCCCAAUGGCAUUCCUAAAUCGCUUAAAACAUUUACAAUUAAAAAUACAAAAAUUAAAUCUUCAUAUCCAUUUUAUGGUCUCUUUGUCGGUACACCAAAUGUAAUUGCAUCUGGUUGCAGUUUACCAGAUAAGUUGGAACAGGUAGUUCAAUUGGCAGAUAAAGUGAUAACUUUAGACCUUUCAUACAACUCAAUAGGUGGAACAUUGUCCGAAAAGUUUUGCAAAGUUCAAAAUCUUAAUAUUUUUUCAAAUAAAUUAAGUGGUGGUCCAAUUCCAAGUUGUUUUUAUUGCCAUUUUAAAGGAAAUCAAGCAUUAUUAGACAAAAUUAACCCAGGCUUACUUUCAAAUAUCUUUACUAAUUAUAACUAUGGAACUGCUUCUUAUCCAUCAUGUACCUCUAUUUCAGUAGAUCUAAAGUUUGAAAAUGGGAAAACUUAUCUUUUUGGAACUGAUUUAGGUUUUGACCCAACUUAUUUCAAUACAGUCCCAAGUGCCACAUGGAAUGUCGAUGUACCAAGUGUAGAUAUUCCACAAUUUGAUGUUACUUUUAUUUACCCAAAUCAAAAGUUUACAGUUUCAGCACUUAAAUUACCAGUUCAAGUUACUCAAGUUUAUGUUUCAUCGUCUGGCCAAUUAUCUUUUACAGGUUCCUAUUUUAGUAAUGUUGUUUCAUCAAUUAAAGCUGGUAUUGUAAAUGGAGCUGGAUGCACAGUUUUAUCAAGUACUUUUUAUUCGAUGGUAUGCCAACCUACUGUUCCAAUUUCAUCAAUUCAAAAUCUUGUAGAUGCAAACUUUUCAAUUACAAUAGGUACUCAAACAGCAUAUAUACCAAUUACAUUCAUACCUGACUUUACAAAUCGUUAUUUAUCUUGUUCAGAAGAUUGCACAAACAAAGGAUAUUGCGAUAGAAACUCAGGAUUAUGUAUCUGUAAAGGUUGCAAUAAAUCAGGAGACCAUGGUAAGUGUGAUAUUAAAAAUAGAAAAUGUAACUGCGACACUUUUUGGAUCGGUGUCGAAUGUAACACACCUGAUCAUUAUGUAUCAUCUGUAGUCCCAUCAAACAUUGCAGGUGGGAAUGUAACAUUAAAUGGAUGGUAUGGUCCAAUUCACAACAAUCCAUCAGUUCAAAUCGGUAAUGUUUUAACAGGUUAUAAAGAUUGCGAAAUUUUAGAUAUCACCACAUCUACAAUAAAAUGUUUAAUUGGAGCAGGCACAGGAAGACAAAAUGUUAUUGUUACUCAAAACGACCAUUCAUGGACAGGCAAUGGAAUCUAUUUAUAUAAUGAAACACUUAUGACAUGCCCCAACGAUUGUACCAAUUCAACAGUCGGCUCAUGCGAUGUUAGAUUUGGUAAUUGUAUUUGUAAAACCAACUAUACAGGAAUUGAUUGCGGUACAAGAGUUAUUUACCAACCACCACAAAGCAACACUACAGUAGAUCAAGGCUCAGGUUCAACAAAUAUAACAAAUGAUGGAACCAAAUAUAUUGUUAGAAUAAGUAAACUAGCAGAGAUAUCAAUUAAUCAAACUAUCGUAGCUGAAUACAAUUUAGAUCCAAAGAAAUGGAAUGUUACAGUCACCAAAAAUGAAACAGAUAACACACUAUAUACGUUUAAACAACUUGUAUCAAAGAACACAACGGUUACAUAUAUAAUCGAAGAGAUAUCGAUGGGUGAUAAAAAUUUUACAUUUGCAGAUGUUCCUUUCCUAGUAACAAAUGGAAGCAUUAAACUAACAGUAGAUGUUGAAAAUUAUGAGUAUCUCACUUCAUUAAAUACAUUACAAAUUCAAAUGAUAUCAUCAGUCGAAUCGAUUGGUGAAAGAUGCAUAAUAGAGAAAGCUCAAAUCAACAAUAUUGAUCAACAAUCAUCACUUAACUACAUUACGAUUUCAAAAGAAGGUAAAACUUUGACAGGUCGUUUUAUCAAUAGAGCUCUUUCAGAUGGUAGACCAACCUAUAUUUCAUCUAAUGUUGUAUCAAAAGACGAAUCAUCAAUUACAGUUGGAUUAAAUUUACCACAUUGUAUUCAGUGCAUUAUUGAUCCAGAUUUUUCAGUUCUUGUAUCAUCAAUAAAAAAAAAUAAUGGUUGUGAAACUGAAGAAAAAGAAAGAAAGUGGCUUUUACCAGUUGUAAUUGUUAUACCAGUUGUAGGUGCAACAGCAAUAUUAAUUGUGUCUAUUGUGAUUUAUUCAAAAUAUAGAACUGCAUUAAGACUCAAAUUAAAUUCGUUUUUAGAUCCAACAAUCAAAAUGGACGAUUUAUAG